UACAUUUCUGCACCACUCAUCAAAACUCUGCGGCAUGCAGACUAGAGCUCGGGGGGAGGGCACUUAUUAUUAGGUCUGUCCUGCUGCUCUCUCAUCAGACAGGCCACUGUACAGUUUUUCACUUUCAUUUCUAACCAACUGUUUUGCACUGAGCGUUCGGGUCCAUCACUUCUUUGUUUUUGUUUUUUUUUAAAUAUAUAUAUUCUUUAUUUUUCUUACCGGUGUUGCGGGCAGUUGUUGCAACCUUUCCCGUAGAACAGUUUUGUCGCAAACUUCUAGAGGCGAGAAAAACACCAAUACAUUUAGGACAAGAUGGCAAAGGAUGGAGAAAAAAGCGAAUGGAAAGAGUUUCUGUGGAACCCGAGGACCCGGGAGUUUCUGGGCAGAACGGCGAGCAGCUGGGGUCUCAUCAUUCUGUUCUACAUAAUUUUCUACCUCUUCCUGGGGGGCCUGUUUGCUCUUACCAUGUACAUCAUGCUGCAGACCCUGGAUGACCACAAACCCACUUGGCAGGACCGCCUUUCCACACCAGGUUUAGUGAUUAGACCCCGUCAGGACGAAACCUUCGAGAUAGUUUACACCAUCCAGAACACCGAGAGCUGGGAUAUGUACGCUCAGGCCCUGGACAAGUUCCUGUCACCUUACAACGACACCAUCCAGGCCCAGAAGAACCACGCGUGCACUCCGGACCAGUAUUUCCUGCAGGAGGACAGCGGCGAUGUGAAGAACAACCCCAAGCGCUCCUGUCAGUUCAACCGAACCAUUCUGAGAGAAUGCUCUGGACUCAAUGACCGUUACUAUGGAUACCAGGAUGGCAAGCCGUGCAUCAUCAUCAAGCUGAAUCGGGUGAUUGGAUUGAUGCCAGGAAAGGACGGACAGGCUCCGUCUGUCACCUGUGGCGCAAAGAGAGAUGACUCUGACAAAAUUGGAGAGAUGAUUUACUUCCCUUCAAAUGGCACUUUUGAUCUAAUGUACUACCCUUACUAUGGCAAGAAAGCUCAGGUGAACUACUCUCAGCCUUUGGUCGCUGUCAAGUUCCUUAACAUCACCGUCAAUCAAGACGUCAACAUCGAGUGCAAGAUCCACUCCAACAACAUUCCCACUGGAAGUGAAAGAGACAAGUUUGCUGGUAGAGUGUCUUUCAAGCUGAGGAUCAACUCCCAAAACUAGCCUGACCCCAACUGAAAACUUUUCUCCCCUUUCCCCCUUUCCCCCUCCCCCCAUCUUCUGCACCACUGCACAUACACAGAAAAAUAAACCCGCAGUAUUCACAUCUUUCAUGUGAUUCGAUUGCACCCUGCUCCAGUUUUCUUUCUUUAUUUUUUUUUUCUUUUUUUUAGGGGGAAAGGGGAUUGUGCGACAGGGUAAAUUGAGCACGAGAGGGUGAUAAUGCUGUCCUUGUUUCUGCCGGUGAGCGUUCAGACAAAUAAUUUUCUGUAAAUUAGUUUGAGGUGACCUCUAUUUAUACUGCAUGAUAAACUAGGAGAUAUAAAACAGGAUGUGUUUUCAAAAUCUGCAAGCAACCUUACCACGUUUACAGUGUUGCUGCUCACCUCCCGCUGCCUCCUUCGAGAGUAUUCCUACUAUAUAUCUGAAUAUACACAGACUACAAUACAAAAGGUGUAUAUCUACAGUAUUUAUACGGCAUCAUAACCUUAUUUAGCUCUGUCUGUUCUGUUGCACUUAAAAGCGUACUCCAACAAACCUGCAUUUUUCUUAAUAGAUGGAUGCAGAGAUGAAGCCAUUUGCAUGUGUGUGCUGUCUUAAGUGUGCUUUGAAGGCACACUGUUCCCACCGCUCCAUUCUAGUCAACUAAGGACAGGUUAAGUAACUGACCACCAGGAGGGACCACAAUACAAGCUUUAACCCUCAUGCACUCCGAGUGUGUGUGUUUUUGGAAGCAUAUCUUCAAAAAAAAUGCUUGAAUGGAUGUUUUUUUUGUUGUGUAUGAGUGUGUGCAUUUCAUUUACAGAUCCCAUUUCUAAUUGUAGGUCGGGAAGUUGCAUGCAAUGUGCAAUAUUCAUUAAGUGGCAUACAUUAUGAAUGCUCGCAUCCAUUCAUCAGAUGGCUCCUGCUAUAGAUCAUUCACACUGGAUAUUUAAACUUUGAACUCAGAGCAGCUGCUUACAACGCAAACAGGAACAAUAUCUGGUGUGGUUUUAACACUGAGUUAAUUAUGAAAAGACAAAUCUCUGGAAAACACUUUUUUAAGGUAGUAGACUUGUCCAAAAGAUAAUCAGAGUUAGCUUAUUAAAGGUUGUUUUUUUUUCUUGCCAACUCACUGAGAUGGAUUUUACUCGUUUCCAGCAUAUAUUCAGUUUUUAACAUUACUUCACUUCCUGUCACUGUACAGUUGCAUUUUAAAGAUGAAUCCAAAGCUUUAUGUCUGGUGUAAUUUAUUUAUUCAAACCUAAAUAUUUAGUUUUCUGUCUCUUUUUGUUGUUGUUGAGUGUUUUGCAUCUAUUUCCUUAAUACCAGGAAUAGAUGUCAUUGUCAAUUUUUUUUAUUGUUUUGCACUGGAAGUGUGCUUUUUAUUUCUUCUUUUGUGAAGCUGAGUUGAUUUAAUAAAAGCACUUGCAGUUUUUGGAGGAGGAGGAGGGUGCAGACAGCUUGUUUUUUUUUGUUCCCUUCUACCUUUUCCACACUCAUCAUCACUAUUCAGGAUAUUGAGCUUCUGUGAGAAAAUACUCAAUAAGCUUUUAGAUGUAGAGUGACCACAUGUUGAUUUAUUAGUUUGUUUUGUUGUUCUUGUUUUAUUCUCUGCUGUACGAGAGAAAAAUCAUCAUGAUGAAUAUCUAACCAGUAUCACCUUCAUUAAAAGUCAUUUAUCAUGCCUGAGUUUUGGUGCACAUCCACUGUGCUGUGCCGUCCCACAAAUCUGCCUAAAAGAUUAAUUAUUAUUCUGACAAAUCUGUAAAAACUGAACUGUAAUAUUGUCCAGCCAUGUACAGCACCCUAAACAAUUGUCGACCCUUAGAAAAGGAGAUGUUGCUACAGAGACUUGGUGACCAUAUGAUUCUGACUCUGCUUGUCUAUAUUAUUGUUCUCUGUGCGUCUGAAUCUCACAGAGGUCCAAACAGAACCUUUUAUCUGAGCCUAGAGGGACAAGUACAUUGGACCAUUAAUCAUCUAAUUUUUAUCUAAGAUCCUAAUUCAAAAAGAUGUGCUUUAACAUGCUCUUCUCUUUUAGCUUUUUGGGACUUCACUGACGGAUUCAGAUGUACUCUUCUUCUGGCCUGCUUUCAGCUCUUACUUAAUUUCAUUGUAAUCUCUUAAUCUGGUCAACUAAUCCAAAGCAGGCACGCUGAACUUCUUUACCCUACUUUGUCGUUCAUGCACCGAGCAUCAAAUGCCCAGUUCACGGCUUUAAAACUGCACUCUUAUUCUAGCUUUUCCAUACUUUUAAACACACAUCCAGUCAUUACUGCAAACCAUCUAGUCAAAUGUUUGGUUUCAUCUGUCGAUUUCACUCUUUUUUUCUUGUCAUGCAUACUUGAACAUUACUCCUUCUGCCAAAGAUAUUAAUGACAAUUUACACACCAUCUAUUUUUGCAGUUCGGAUAGAUGCUCAUUUGCUGGUCUGAGCAAAAAUCUCACCCACAGAAUCAUAAAGGCCUCUUGUCAUACAAUAAUAGACAUGCGCACAAGUGGAAAAAGUUUCCCUGCAGCAAAACAGUGCCUCCUGGUGGACAGACAUCUUUGUCCUCCAGUUACACAGAAUGUUCUUUCCUGCUAUCUCAAUUUAUCCCUUUAUUUUUUCUUGUGCUAAUUUGGAGAUGUUAUCAAAGAGCAAUAUAUAUUUAUCUCCUGUGCAAAUGUGUGCUUGUUUAGAGCAAAGGCAACAUUCGGUACAUUCAAGAGCAAGAGGGAAAGAAGGACCACGUUUGUGCGCAUAUGCAGCCAAUAUAAAAAAAAGUGAAUAAUAAAAUGCUUCGUGAAUGAACGAGUAUUUUUGCUGUAACGAGACGAGAAUGUAAGGUUUGAACUGUAUUGUGUAAUGAAAGCUACAUGAAGAGGUUUCAUAAUUUAGUUCAGCAAAAGGCAAGAUGCCAGAAAUUUGUUUAGACUUGCAUUAUGGUUUAAUGUUUUUACCAUCGUUUGAGUCUGUCUUUUUCUGUUUAAUUAAUAUUUUUUAAAAAUAAUAGCUUUUAAAGCUUGCAAUCAAAGUUCUAACAGGACUUUAACCCUCAAAGCACUUUCAGAAACUGCAAAGCUGCACAGUGUGAAGUGUUAAAGAGAAAUUCCUGAUUCAAACAGUGAAUCAAAUAAAUACGAGAAAUAUCAUCACCCACACCUACCUUCUUAAAGUUGCACUGUUGCUAUGAUUGUGGUUCAAAGAAUUGUCCUAAAAUAUACAUUUAUGAAAAAAUAAAUAAAUAAAUAAUCCUGGA